AACUUCUUUUUUUUGAGGAAAUCUAUAAAUAAAGUUUUGAGAAAACAGAUUAAAGAUAACACAAUGAAUAAGUUAAGUAAAAAUUUACCAAUAUUAUUAAGAGCUUUUUCUUAUAUACUCUUUUUAUGCUUAAACAACUCCUUCAAAUCAUUAACAUUAGUUGCUGCGCAAGCAGUUCCAGUGAAAGUAGGAGUUGUGCUAGACAUGGAAAGCAUAGAAGGGAAGAUAGGAUUGAGCUCCAUAAACAUGGCGAUUGCGGAUUUCGAUGCUGCUCAUCCUCAAUCCAAGACUAGGAUUGUUCUUCAUGUUAGAAACUGCAAACAUCAUGACACUGUUAUGGCUGCUGCUGCUGUUUUGGAUUUGUUAAAGAAUGAACAAGUAGUAGCAAUCAUUGGGCCAGAUUCAUCAGCGGCAACUCAAUUUGUUAUCAAUCUGGGGGAUAAAGCUCAAGUUCCCAUCAUUUCGUACUCCUCUACAAGCCCUUCCCUUUCUCCCUCACAAAACCCAUAUUUCAUUCGAGCAACGCAUAAUGAUUCUUCCCAAGUACAACCCAUUAGUGCCCUUAUUCAAGCUUUUGGGUGGAGAGAAAUUGUUCCUGUUUAUGUUGGUGAUGAAUUUGGAGGUGGGAUCAUACCUUAUUUAGCCGAUGUUCUACAAGAGAUUGGAACUCGCAUCCCUUAUAGAAGUAUCAUUCCCCCAUCUUCCACCAAUGAUCGAAUAGAAGCAGAGCUAUACAGGUUAAAAUCUAUGUCCACUCGUGUCUUUCUCGUUCACAUGGAAGCAUCUCUAGGAUCUCGGUUGUUUCUAAAAGCGAAGCAACUAGGAAUGAUGAGCAAAGAAUAUGUAUGGAUUAUCACGAAUGCCAUGGGAAAUGUCUUGGAGUCUUUAGAUCCUGUAGUAAUCGAGUCGAUGCAGGGAGUUUUGGGAGUGAAGAGUUAUGUAGCUAGAACUCGAGAGUUGGAACAUUUUACUUUCAAAUGGAUAUUGAAAUACCAAAGAGUAGACUCGGCACUUUCUAAUGUUGGAAUGAGCAUCGAUGGUCUUCGAGCUUAUGAUGCAACUAUGGCUCUUGUUAGAGCUAUCGAAGAAGUCGGUAUAACUAAAUUCACCUUUAUUCAGGGAGCUGAUAAUACAACCAAUAAUCUAUCAAAUGAUAUUUCUGAUUUUGGAGUCUCAUAUUUUGGUCCAAACUUACUACACGCAGUACUAAGAUCAAGCUUCAAAGGACUUUGCGACAACUUUAUUCUAGUUGAUGGACAGUUACAAUCUUCAAUCUUUCAGCUUAUAAAUAUAUGGGGGAGUAGAGAAAAAGUAAUUAGUUUAUGGACACCAUCUAGUGGACUUGUUAAAAAUCUAUCAUCUUCGGCAAACAACAAUGAAUAUGCUACUAUGAAGACCGGCCUCGAGUCCAUUGUAUGGCCAGGAGGCCUAACAAAUGCACCCAAAGGUUGGGUUGUUUCACCAGAUGGAAGGCGUUUAAAGAUUGGUGUUCCAAUGAAGAUUGGUUUCCAUCAAUUUGUGAAAGUAACUCAACAUCCUAUCACCAAUACAACAGAAGUUUCAGGCUACUGCAUCGAUGUUUUCGAUGCUGUAAUGAAAAAACUACCAUACUCUGUACCCUACGACUAUAUCCCUUAUACGGAGCAUGCUGGUGAACCAACUAAUAGAUAUGAUAAUUUGGUUUCUCAAGUCUAUCUCAAGAACUUCGAUGCAGUGGUAGGAGAUAUAACAAUUCGAGCCAAUAGAUCGUUUCAUGUUGAUUUUACAUUGCCUUAUACUAAAUCCGGUGUGGUAAUGGUUGUAGCUAUGAAAAGCAAUAAGAAUAUACGAGCUUGGCUCUUUCUCAAACCCUUGACGAGGGAUUUGUGGAUUGUAGCCUUCUGUUCCUUCCUUUUCUUUGCAUUUGUAGUUUGGGUACUUGAGCAUCGAAUAAACGAAGAUUUUCGAGGACCACCAGCACAUCAAGCAGGGACAAGUUUGUAUUACUCCUUUUCAACAUUGGUUUUCUCACACAGUUACCUUAAUGUGUUUAGCAACCUAACGAGGUUUGUGGUGAUUGUUUGGGUGUUCGUGGUGCUCAUCCUAACACAAAGCUACACUGCGAACUUGGCAUCUUUAUUGACUGUAGAACAACUACAUCCCUCCGUUAACAAUAUGAAGGAGCUAAUAAAUAGAGGAGAAAGUGUUGGAUUUCAAGAAGCCUCCUUUGUCGAACAGUUUCUAAUAAAUAUGAACUUCAAUCCAUUAAACUUAAAGUCUUACAAUACAACAGAGCAGUUACAUGAACUUUUAGAAAAGGGAACACAAAAAGGUGGCAUUGCAGCAGCAUUCGAUGAACUUCCAUAUGUGAAGGUCUUUCUUGAUGAAUAUCGCUCCAAGUAUACCAUGCUUCCGCCAAUACAUAAGACCAAUGGCUUUGGAUUUGUUUUUCCCAAAGAUUCUCCUCUUACAUCAGAUGUCUCUCGCGAAGUGCUAAUCGUGACAGAAGGGCAAGAAAUGAUUGAGAUUGAGAACAAAUGGUUCAGGGGCACAGAAUUAGUAGAUUUAGGUGAUUCAUUAUCUUCCAACAGUCUUGGUCUUGAUAGUUUUUGGGGCUUAUUUACACUCGCUGGAGCUGCAACAUUGUUCGCUCUCAUUGUAUCGUUGGCAAGCUUUCUAAAAGAACAUAGGAGUGUAUGGUCAGAUAAUAGUACCUCUGUGAGAAAUCGAGCUACGACACUGAUGAAAAUUUAUGAUCAAAGAAAUCACAACUCCCAUACUUUCAAGAAAAGCAACCUGCAAGAUCAAAAUUUUCCUAGCACAACAUCAAAUAGUCCAUACGCGCAAAGUCCUUCAAGUUAUUUGAAUAGUUCCGAAAGAGGCUUCAUUAAUUAUGAAGGGCAAUCAACUCCAUUGUCUGAUAUAAUACACCCCGACAUAGGAGGGUUGGAAAAGCUUGAGGGUGCUGCUAACGAACAAGUUUACAUUUAGGAUAUACACGAUACACAAGGUAUGAAGCUUGUGAAGAAUGACUUUUCAAAAAAAAAAGUACACUUGUGCAGAGAGAUCAUGUAGAUUUCAACAAGAAAUUUGUUAGGAUUUGUAUAUAUACAGAUUAACAUAAUUCCAUGCUUACCUCUCAACAUGAAACAGGAGUUUAGUGAUCGACGUUGAUAGUUUAGAUAAGUUAGGUUUAGUAAAGAUAUGUUAAAUUCAUCAAAAAUAAGUAAGGUUAAGCAAAUAAAAGUAGAGUUAAUCAAUACGGGCAUCGCAAGCUUUUGAGGUAGAUUAUAGUGUUUUGACUCGGACAAAUCACUAAUAAAGGAAAAAUAGGAGUGUUUGAGUAGCUUUUAGGCAUGGAACAUGUAUUGUUUUAGUAGUAUUUAUUAAAAGCUUCAAUUUGUAGUUUUUGCGGUAUAUUUUAGGCUUUAGUCGUAUAUAAAUCCUAUACUUCCUUCGUUUUGAAAUAAGUGAAACACUUCUUUUUUUAUGUGAGGACUACUUGAGAGAAGUAUUUCAUUUAAAUCAUAAUAGAGGAAGCUAAGUAUUAAAGUUUUGUUUUAGUUUUUGACUAGUUAUUUGUAAACAACUACUUUGACAGCUUCUUUUA